UGGCACUUGGCCGACUGCCGACGUGCCGACACUGCCGACAGUUUCACGCAGUUUCACGCAGUUUCACGUGUUACGUGGAUAAAGAUUGUGUGUGUAGACGACGAAGACGAAAUCGCGUUUGCGGGCAACGAUGUGCAGGUAACAUUGCCGCGCGCAUCGGUGCGACAUGCGAUGGUGAAACGAGCAGAACUAGGGAGCGGGGUGUGUGCAGCUGCGAGGUCUCGGUGCGAACGAAGGAACACGGGCGUGAGGUCGCCGACAAUCGAUGCCAAUGGCCUACGAAGCGUUAUGGCACGAGUACAAGCAGAUGCCUGUGGUGACGCGGGCUUAUACCACAGCCUGUGUUAUCACGACCCUUGCCGUGCAAUUAGACUUGGUAUCCCCAUUUCAAUUGUAUUUCAAUCCCAUUCUUAUUGUGGAGCAGUACCAGAUAUGGCGAUUAAUAACAACAUUUCUCUUCUUUGGAAAUGUUGGAUUCAAUUUAUUAUUCAAUAUGAUCUUUACAUAUCGAUAUUGCCGUAUGUUGGAAGAAGGAUCCUUCCGCAGAAGAACAGCUGAUUUUGUGAUGAUGUUUAUCUUUGGUGGAUUAUGCAUGAUUACUUUUGCAUUCUUCGUUAAUUUGUUGUUCUUGGGGCAUGCAUUCACGAUAAUGUUGGUGUACGUGUGGUCACGACGAAAUCCUUUUGUCAGGAUGAAUUUCUUCGGACUUUUAAACUUCCAAGCUCCGUAUUUACCAUGGGUGCUAUUAGGAUUUUCUGUAUUGCUUGGUAAUACAAUAUGGGUUGAUCUUGUAGGAAUGGCGGUAGGGCAUACUUACUAUUUCGCGGAGGAUGUAUUUCCCCGGUUAAGAGGUGGUUUCCGAAUUCUGAAAACUCCUCAAAUACUAAAGACUUUGUUUGAUGCAUAUCCUGAGGAUCCAGAUUAUAUGCCACCACCUGAAGACCGGCCAGGAGGCUUCAAUUGGGGACAGGAAGCCAAUGUACAAUAAUCGAAAAAUUUAACAUUCUCUUCUUGAUGCUGUUUCUUAUGUCAAAUUGUCCGAGGGCAUUGCGAAAACGCAUGUUUCUGUCAUUGUUCCUUUCGAAUUGUGUAUGACAAAUUUUUAGUGCCCGGGUUUGUAUGCAAAGAUGUAUGAGAUACACGUAAAAGAUAAUAUAUAAUAUAUAGGGUGUAUAAGAGAUCGAGCGAUUUCAUUUCAUUAAAGAUCUUUCGAAAACCAUAAUAAAAGCAUACGUUGAUAUUUUUUUAAAGCGAAAAUUCGAUAUCUGAUUUUACUUAA